AUGCCGAGGAAAGAGUCGUCGAAUGUUCCAGCGUCAGCGCAAGCUCAGCAAGAGGCUGUCUCUGAGGGCAUCGAGAACUUCGAGCUCCCUCGCGCACUAGUCACGAAAAUCGCAAAGUCGGCGAUCCCAGAAAACACGAAGCUGCAGAAAGACACCGUCCUCUCGCUGGUGAAGGGCUCAACAGUUUUCAUCAACUAUCUUGCUGCAACCGCGCAUGAUGUCGCCCACUCCAAACAGCACAAAAGCAUAUCGGCCUCUGAUGUCCUCAAAGCAUUGGAGAUAAUUGAGUUUGCUGACCUCGUCCCGCCGUUGCAGGCUGAGCUUCAAUUGUAUCGCGACAACUUGAAAGGGAAGAAAGGAAACGCAGGCACUGCAUCCGCACCCGCCACUAUCUCUAUUCCUCCAUUCGUGCCUAAUGGUGGCUCGGUCGUGAGCAAGGCUAGACCAACAGCACGCAAAGGAAAAGAACGUGCUGAAACUGUAGUAGAGGAUACUAGGAUACCUUCAGGAGCCGCAUCGAUCAGCGCGCCGCCAGCCAUGGAAUACGAGGACGCCAAUGGCACAAGUCAACCACCUUUUACCGUGCCCUACACACGCAUAUUGACACUGUCUUCGCCAACGGACCAAGAGAUGCCUGAAACCGAGGCGCUUGCGGCCGGAGUUGGCGAAGAAGAAGCGGAGGUAGACUACAAUACCGAAGACGAAGAAAAUGAUAUUAUUGAUGGGGACGACGAGGAUGACGCAGGAGAAGAAGAUUUGGUAGAUGAAGACAUCGAGAUGGAUCGAUUAGAGGAUGACCCCGUGAACGAUGUGAAUGAAUAG